GCUGAUGCUGAUGGCUUCAUGAAGCCUGUACAGGAGUGGCUGACGUGCAUGGUGAGUGCGCUGCUGCGGAUAGCUACCUAUGAGGACCAUCUCUUCAUUCUCAACCACCUGCUUCGCUGUCCGCCCGGCCUCGCUGACUGGACGGCCGCCUUCAUACAAGUGCUGCCAUCUACCGGAGCCGGCAGUCAAGGUCAGGUGGCGGUCGACCACGCGCUGACCGUGCUGGCGACGAUGACGUCACCGAUACGGGGGAGAGAGGAGUUCCUUCAACACAUGAACUCACAGAACGACAACAGAACUAACGCCUCCAAGCCGUGGGUCGUGCUGAACAGUGAGGGAGAGGAGGAGAACGAGGAUGCGAGCAGGCCGUGGCUUCUCCUCGCCGAGAGCGACCUGAUCCUGCUGCUCAGCCAGCUGCAGCUGAACGACGUGUUCCGCUUCGCGCUGCGCGUCACGCCAGGGGGCGCCGGCGGCGGCGGCGACGACGCGUACGACCCGGCAGAGAUGUCGGAGGCGGCGAUGCUGGGAUUGUUCGCUCUCGGCACGUGCGUCGUCGCGAUCCUCAGCCGCGGACUGGAGAGCUUCCAGCAGACGCGCUACAGGCAGCUGAACAAGAGGAUUGGCUGGAUGCUGUGCGAGACGGUGCAGUACAUCUGUGACCACUGGUCGAACUACAGGCGCGCGCGUCCAGCGGAUACGAUGACCAUGCUGCCGCGGCUGUGCACGGAGUUUGACAGCUUCUUCUGCAAGGCCACCAGCAGCCUGUUCUCUGCGAAAAGGUUCGGUGCGUGGCAGUUUAUAGCGGAGAUGUCGUUCGUCUGCGUGUCCGCCGACACCAUGUGGCGUCUGCUGCUCAUGCUUCACACGUGCAGCGGCGCCCACCACCAGGUGGAGCUACCGGCCGGCAACCCGCAAGAGAUCAUGUGGAAACUACAAGACGGGGACACGGUUCAGCAGCUGAUAGACAAUCUGCAGGCGAUGCCGCAGCAGGAGGCCAUCUUUCUGCUGACGGCGCUCUCCAACAUGGCCGCCUCGCGUGACGACGGCGAGCGACAACUCAUAGAGGUCAUCGUCGCGCUCAUAUACGAGGCUUCCUUCAUCGACCAGGUGACGCGCGAUUUCUGCUCCAAGUCCGGCCGCGACCUUCUCUCUAGCAUAGCGGAGAGGCAUCCGUUCACGAUCAGCUUCCUGCUGGGGAGAGUCAACACCUCGAUGCUCCGCGUCGGAAUGAUGUCCCUCUACCUGUUCCACGAGAUACCGCUGUCGCUAUGGCAACCGACGGUCGACGACGUGCAGCUGGUACGUGAUUGGCUGCUGAAGGGGGAGCUGGCGUCUGCGGAGAGCCAGCUGGCGCGUCUGCUACUCACGGGCAUGAACUGGGGCGUGACGGACACCGGAGAGGAGCUGUUCUUGCCGCUCGACCUUCACAGAGAGGUCGCCGUCAUGGUAACGGAGGCGUACAUCAAGGUGAUACCGGAGAGCAAGGGUGGUCUUCUCUACUACAGCAUCCAGCAGCUCUACAACGUGUCAGCACUCGUGCGACAGACGCCGCCGCAGGAGCAGCAGUUCUACUCGUGGGCGACCGACCUCGUGCACCGCCUGCGCCUGCACGCCGCCGCGCAACCCCCGCCGCCAGGGGGCGCCGCCACGAGGCUCGGCGACGCCGCCUUCCUCGCCGAGGUCCCGGACCUUCACAAGACGCCGCGGCUGCGGGCGGUGGCGGCGUCGGCGCGGGACGGCGGCGCGAUGGCGGCGUACGUCGCGCUCGCGGCGACCGCGCACGGACACAACAUGGCCGACUUCCUGAGCGACGGGCUGGGGAUGCUCGCGCGGUUGGCGGCGUGCCAGCAGCACGUUAGCGCCGUGCACGCGCUGCGGGUCGUCACGCCGCUGUUCCUCGACAACCCCAGCUACCUGUCCACGGCCGAGAGGUUCGUCAGCGUGGUGAGGUCGAUCAGUGCCGCGGACCAGACGUACGUGAAGAUGGCGAGAGAUCUGUUCGCACCGGAGUUUCCCGGCAAGGUGCUGCAGCUGUUCUCAUCCAUGAUGCUGGUAGGUGAUAGAUAG